CAAGCUUCUGGCCAUACUUGGGACGACGGAGAGGACCCCUCUUUGCCCCACUGAGGUGGCAGGAUAGCUACUGAGAUUCGAGGCUUGACGACACCAUACUGCCGGGUAUCUCAUAGGAAACCUUCGUCAUGUCUCUAAAGCAGGAAAUCGAGACGUGGGUGGCAGCCCUCGCCCACUACGACAACAACGAGUACGACAAGGCAUUGGAGAAGUUUGCCAACAUUGCCGAUACAUCCAAGAUCCUCUUCAACUGCGGUGUCAUCCAUGCGACCCUCACCGAGCACGAGAAGGCGGUCGAAUACUACCAGCGCGCCGUGCAAUUGGACCAGUACCUGGCUGUAGCUUAUUUCCAGCAAGGUGUAUCCAACUUUCUCAUGGGCGACUUCGAGGAGGCCCUGGCCAAUUUCAAUGACACCCUCCUCUACCUGCGCGGAAACAACAAUAUCGACUAUGAGCAGCUCGGCCUGAAGUUCAAGCUCUACUCCUGCGAAGUUCUGUUCAAUCGCGGACUGUGCUAUAUCUAUCUGCAGCAGAAGGAGGCCGGGAUGCAGGACUUGAAUUUUGCUGCAAAGGAGAAGGUCGUGCCGGAUCACGAUGUUAUUGAUGAGGCAAUUCGCGAGGAAGCCCAAGACUAUACUGUCUUCUCUAUCCCCAUUGGAAUCGUCUAUCGUCCCAACGAAGCCAAGGUCAAGAACCUGAAAACAAAGGACUACCUCGGAAAAGCACGACUUGUGGCGGCAUCCGACAGAGCGAAUGCCUUCACCGGAUUUGCCGGCGCCGAGGCAUUGAAGAUCAGCAGCUCCUCCAAGGACGACCGGCCAGAAGAAAAGACGUCGUAUGCAGCCACGAACCUGGUCAAGCCGAACCUGCAGAGUAGAUCACGACAGCAAUCCGAGCCACCCAUGAACCGCAACAUGUUCCCUCCAACACCGCCCCCUGAGACCGACAAGCGUAACUCGGGAGGACAGAGAGGUCAGGAAGGAGGACAGAUGACCCGUGCUCAAUCGGUUCGUGGUGGUGGACCGAAGCCACGACCGCUUGAUCUCGGUCGUGCCGCAUUCGAUCAAAGUGGAGCGGAUGUACCUCGUCGUAUUGGCACACAGCGAUCAGCAUCAGAGAGACCGCCACCAUCUCGUCAGGAAUCCAUGCGCACCCGCGAGAGAGAACGACCUCGUCGGCGCGGCUCUGAUGACGACCUCGAAGACUACGCCGAUGAAGUGUAUGAUAUGUACCAACCACGCUCAAGUCGUCCGUCGUACACCCGGUCUCGCCAGGGAAAGUCAUCGCGGCCCAUGUACAUUGACGAAGAAGACGAAGACGACUACGACGACAGCGGUCUCGAUGACGCCGACUUCGAAAUGGUCUCCCGCUCCAAGAGCCGCAGGCGUUCGCCGGUGCGCUCCAACACCGCUCGUCGCGCCCCUGAGCGCGACCUCGGCAGCAAGAUCCGCGUCAAGGUGCAUGCAAGCGACACGCGCUACGUCUUCAUCGACCAGAACAAGACGAUACGGGAAUUCGUGCAGCAAAUCCGCGAUAAGUUUGGCAUCCGGUCGACGUUCAAGAUCGAGAUCCGGGACGAUGGCGACAUGAUUACCAUGGCGGAUCAAGACGAUUUGGACAUGGCGAUCCAGACGGCCAAGAGCAUGGCGCGGAAGGAGAAUGCGGAGAUGGCGAAGAUGGAGGUAUGGUUGAAUUUUGUUGCGUCUUCUACUUUUGCUGCUCCUACUUCUUCUUCGUCGUCGUUCUCUUCCGGUCUCAGUUCAUCAUCUUCCUCUUCUUCCAAGGCGAGGAUCCCUCCUCCGCCCUUUAGGCCGAGUGUCGAGGUCUCGGGGUUUUUCUGAUUGUUUGUUGUUUGCACGUAUGGUUGUAGGAGAGGAGAAAAGAGGCUAAUAUAUCGAUGCAUCUAGGUUUGGAUAAAGGAAGUUUAGAUUUUUUUUAGAUACCCCCCAGGAAAGCGACGUUCCCCACUCUUUCUCCCAGAUUUCUCAGGUUUAUUGCAUCGAUACGCCCAAGCAAGCAGGCGCGUUCUCUCUCUCGAGGUGGCGUCUAUGCCGGCCACGGGUUUGGGAAUGAAUGCUUGG